CCUCAGGCCCUUAUAACUAGAGAUCAUACACACCCUCUUGUUCAUUCACAACAUCAUCUUGUGUCUUGAGGAAACACAGCCACUUACUGGUUGACCUGCGUCUCAGGUAUCAGUACACCUUCAACAGAGACAGACGGAGGAAGCAACCUAACACUAACACACCUACCGACUGACACGGCUAACACCUUCAUCAGAUCAGUGAUAUCUGUUUCCAGCUGACCCCAUGACAGUCAUUGUCUCAUCAUCAUGAGAUCACGCCACCUCUUCCUCCUGAUCUACCUCACAGCUCUCCGCUGCUACUGGGGAGCAUCCGAUGCACAACGAAAUGAGACCUGCCUUACGCAAGAACUGUGUACUCAGGCUGGUGAUCCUACCUCUAACUUCCUCCAGUGUGUGGGUCUGCCAGCUACAGACACAGGGAGAGACCACCUGCAGAACCUGAAGGACACCCUCGACGCUGCCCUGGAUGUCUACUCCUUCAUGAGAUCCAGUCUAUCCCAGACCCCAGUGUUCGGACUAGAGCUGGGUAUCAGUGUGAACCUUAACCCCUGUCUCCCCCUCUCCAGAGAUCCAGCCUAUCCCAGACCCCAGUGUUCGGACUAGAGCUGGGUAUCAGUGUGAACCUUAACCCCUGUCUCCCCCUCUCCAGAGAUUCAGUCCAUCCCAGACCCCAGUGUUCCGACUAGAGCUGGUUAUCAGUGUGAACCUUAACCCCUGUCUCCCCCUCUCCAGAGAUCCAGUCUAUCCCAGACCCCAGUGUUCGGACUAGAGCUGGGUAUCAGUGUGAACCUUAACCCCUGUCUCCCCCUCUCCAGAGAUCCAGUCUAUCCCAGACCCCAGUGUUCGGACUAGAGCUGGGUAUCAGUGUGAACCUUAACCCCUGUCUCCUCCUCUCCAGAGAUCCAGUCUAUCCCAGACCCCAGUGUUCGGACUAGAGCUGGGUAUCAGUGUGAACCUUAACCCCUGUCUCCCCCUCUCCAGAGAUCCAGUCUAUCCCAGACCCCAGUGUUCGGACUAGAGCUGGGUAUCAGUGUGAACCUUAACCCCUGUCUCCUCCUCUCCAGAGAUCCAGUCUAUCCCAGACCCCAGUGUUCGGACUAGAGCUGGGUAUCAGUGUGAACCUUAACCCCUGUCUCCCCCUCUCCAGAGAUCCAGUCUAUCCCAGACCCCAGUGUUCGGACUAGAGCUGGGUAUCAGUGUGAACCCAGAGGCAGAAGCCUACCAAGAUGAGGACCUGAUAAAGGUGUGGAUGGAGGUGAAACUGAAACCACUCCUCUCCAGCAUCUCCAGAGGGUUCCUAACCUGCCUCAGCAACAAGAACUUCAGCUGCAACACCUACCAGACCAUGGUGGAGGAGUUGAGUGAUCAUUUCUCAGAGAUGGAUCCGAUCAGACAGAGGUGGAUCUAUAUGUUCUUCAUGUACCCCUUCCUCUCCGGGGAGAGAGCAGGCUGUGUGAGGCCAGGGGAGAACAGUGAGGACUGGCUGAUCAGGAACUUUGGCUCGUUUAAAGCCGUCGCUCGUAUGAGGGACUUCACAGCCCUCAACAUGGUCUUUAGUGGGCUGGAGGUGCUACACCUGUUAACUCCGGAGCAGAAGGCAGAGUUGUUGUUGCAUCCGGAGGUGGAGGGACUGGAGAACGGAACCCUGAGUCUGGUGUUCCACACCCUGAUGACAGAGGUCCACUCCCCCAUGGAGAACUCUACCUGGACCACACCAGGGUACCCCAACCCCACCUACCCCCCCUCCUACACCCCCGCGUACCCACCCAGACCCACGUCGGACGACCAAUACUCACCACGACCCCCCUCACCCCAGGAGAGCCUUCGAGAGGUGGUGAACGGGUUCAUGGGGGUCUUCAGGCCAUUCGGAAGCUUGGUCAGGGAGUUUGUGUCGCUCACGCACAAAAAGUCCCUGUCUGAGAUCAGGAGCACCACUCUAACUCAGGUUGUGUUGAACUGGACUCUGGCCGAGCUGGCCGGGAACUACAGGUCCCAGGAAGACGAGCCAGAAGACUGGACGGAGGACAUAUUGGACGUAGAGGACUGGUAUGACCAUGUAGUGGUGCCUGUUCUCCGCCGUGUCCUGCCCACCGACCAGACGCACAUACCUGGCAGCCUCAAGGCCGUUUUCCACAAAGUGUUCUACCUGAACUCAGACAUGGACAGCAUGGACAAUGACAAUAUGCCCCAAGACAUAUGUAGCAUCACCCUAGAGGAGAAGUCAUGUGGGUUGACCAAUGCGGUGGAGAAAGUGGCGCGCGUCCUGCACUGUGUUGCCCGUAGCAACUUGACAUUGUCCGAGGAGACUGUUAUGCGUCUUGUCGUGGAGCUGACCGGGCGGCUCAACUCAUUGGUCCAGAAGUUCUCCACCGCGAACUUCAGUGAGGUGGCGCACCACUUCCAGGAGGUGUUUGGCCAGGCAGACUCCCCGGCUCUGACCCAGGAGAAUCUCAACGACCCAGACUUCAUCAGGCUCUGGUUCCAGAUCAAACUGAAGCCCCUGCUUCCCUCCGUCCCCCCCGGCCUUCUCUCCUGCCUCAGCACCAAGAACUUCACCUGCCCCGUCUACCAAGCCCUUGUGGAGGAGCUGAGUGAACAAAUGAAGCUGAUGGACCAGGAGGACGAGCAGAUGUAUGAAACGCAGGGUCACAUGAUCUACAAACAGUUCCUGUUGCCCUUCCUGUUGAAUCACAACUCCUCAGACCCACAAUGCAUCUCUUCAGCCAGUAGCAGUUCAGACUGGCUGAUCAAGAACUUUGGUGGAUUCUCUGCAUUCGCUCCUCUGACGGAUUUCUAUGAUCUAAAUGCUAAUUUCUCUGCUUUGUCAGCCCUGGAGGUUCUCUCUCCAAAGCAGACAGCAGAGCUGGUGGUGUUGCCUCUUCCUGGUCUUUCAGGGAAAGAUGUCAUCAUCAACACAGUGUUUGACUACCUGACUGAGUCACCAAAGGAGAGGAAACUCCCUGACUUCCUGUACCACCUCAUAAGGCUGUCUGUGGUGACUCCAGUCGGCUGCACGGUGUACCAGACCAUUUUUGUGAGGCUGUACCAAGCCAUGUCAGCGUUGCCUCAAGAGAUGGAGCCAAUAAUAUGGGCCAGUGUUUAUGACCUCACAGAAUCUGCACCAAUGGAUUGUUCUCUGGUACCAGUUAACCAACAGUGUCCAGUGUCAUCACACAAUGCAACAAGAGUCUGUGUCGGAGUUGACAGCUCGGCUCUACAACAGCUCUUGGACUCUGGGAUCUCGACGGGACGUCUAUGUGACUUCAGCAUCAAACAAUACGCCUGCUCACAGCUGAAAGACCUCAAAGCUGAGAACCUGGUCACACUGCUGAAAUGUAAACUAUCAGAGAACAACACAGACUCCAAAGAGACCUGGAAGCUGUUAUUCACUAAAGCUUCUGCAGUUCUGGAUCAGGCUCUUGUACUUCUCUCCAACCAGUCUGAGCCUGUGAUUGGCCCAGCACUAUCCCAGGUGCUGGAUGUGAUUGGAGAGAUCAGGGUCAACAGACUGACUGAGGAUCAGCUGAGAGACAGUGAUGUCAUCAGGAAGUUGUUCUCUGGGCGUCUGAGAGCGUUUCUGCCAUCUGCAUCAGGAGGGUUUCUGCACUGCCUCAGCACCAAGAACCUCAGCUGUGACUCUUACCAAGCUGUGGUGAAGGAGUUUGGAGCCCAGUUUGAUCACAUGAACCUAGAGCAGCAGCAGCUGGUUCUGAAGGAGCUGGUCGUCCCCUUCCUGUCUCGACCCACAUCAGACUCUGGCUGUGUGUCCAACUCUAACAGCAGUGUGGACUGGCUGCAGAAGAACUUGGGGCCGUUCUCAGUUCUUGUGUCCCUCGGGAACCUGUUGAAUCUCAACACAGACUUCUCUCCUUUGUCAGCCCUGGAGGUUCUCUCUCCAAAGCAGACAGCUGAGCUGGUGGUGUUGCCUCUUCCUGGUCUUCCAGGGAAAGAUGUCAUCGUCAACACAGUGUUUGACUACCUGACUGAGUCACCAAAGGAGAGGAGACUCCCUGAGUUCCUGUACCACCUCGUCAGGCUCUCUGAAGAGAUGAUGCUACCAUGUGACAGCUUUAAGACCAUCUUUGAGCGUCUGUACCAGGCCUUACCGUCUGCACCUCCAGAGAUGGAGCCAGUUAUUCAGGCCAUUAUAGACAACCUGAUGCAGACCGCUCCAGAAGAUUGCUUGCCGAUGAAUAUGAAGUGCCCAAUAACACCAGCGAACGAUACCAGAGUCUGUGAAGGAAAUGCCAGUGAUUCGCUACAAAGUUAUUUGGCGACAUCAAAUACAGCGAACGUGCCCUGUACCUUUACCCUGGAGGAGUAUGCCUGUGCAUCGCUGAAAGACUUCACUGCAGAACACCUGGUGUCUCUUCUGAGAUGUAACCUGCCCGGCAACUCCUCUCACUCUAAAGAGACGUGGAAGGUUCUCCUCACCAAACUGACCUCUGUCUUAGACCAAGCUCUGGACAUGUUCUCCAAUAUGUCCAAACCUGUCAUUGGUCCAGCAGUAUCCCAGGCGCUCGAUGUGAUUGGAGAGAUCCGGGUCAACAGACUGACUGAGGAUCAGCUGAGAGACAGUGAUGUCAUCAGGAAGUGGUUCUCUGGGCGUCUGAGAGUGUUCCUGCCGUCUGCAUCAGGAGUGUUUCUGCACUGCCUCAGCACCAAGAACCUCAGCUGUGACUCGUAUCAACAGAUACUGAGGGAGUUCAGCAAUCAAUUCGACCAAAUGGACCAGAUGAGACAAGAGCUGGUGGUCAAAUACUUCAUCCAGCCCUUCCUGACCAAAAACUCCUCAGACUCUGGCUGUGUGUCCAACUCUAACAGCAGUGUGGACUGGCUGCAGAAGAACUUGGGGCCGUUCUCAGUUCUUGUGUCCCUCGGGAACCUGUUGAAUCUCAACACAGACUUCUCUCCUUUGUCAGCCCUGGAGGUUCUCUCUCCAAAGCAGACAGCAGAGCUGGUGGUGUUGCCUCUUCCUGGUCUUCCAGGGAAAGAUGUCAUCGUCAACACAGUGUUUGACUACCUGACCGAGUCACCAAAGGAGAGGAGACUCCCUGAGUUCCUGUACCACCUCGUCAGGCUCUCUGAAGAGAUGAUGCUACCAUGUGACAGCUUUAAGACCAUCUUUGAGCGUCUGUACCAGGCCUUACCGUCUGCACCUCCAGAGACGGAGCCAGUUAUUCAGGCCAUUAUAGACAACCUGAUGCAGACCGCUCCAGAAGAUUGCUUGCCGAUGAAUAUGAAGUGUCCAAUAACACCAGCGAACGAUACCAGAGUCUGUGAAGGAAAUGCCAGUGAUUCGCUACAAAGUUAUUUGGCGACAUCAAAUACAGCGAACGUGCCCUGUACCUUUACCCUGGAGGAGUAUGCCUGUGCAUCGCUGAAAGACUUCACUGCAGAACACCUGGUGUCUCUUCUGAGAUGUAACCUGCCCGGCAACUCCUCUCACUCUAAAGAGACGUGGAAGGUUCUCCUCACCAAACUGACCUCUGUCUUAGACCAAGCUCUGGACAUGUUCUCCAAUAUGUCCAAACCUGUGAUUGGUCCAGCAGUAUCCCAGGCGCUCGAUGUGAUUGGAGAGAUCCGGGUCAACAGACUGACUGAGGAUCAGCUGAGAGACAGUGAUGUCAUCAGGAAGUGGUUCUCUGGGCGUCUGAGACUGUUCCUGCCGUCUGCAUCAGGAGUGUUUCUGCACUGCCUCAGCACCAAGAACCUGAGCUGUGACUCGUAUCAACAGAUACUGAGGGAGUUCAGCAAUCAAUUCGACCAAAUGGACCAGAUGAGACAAGAGCUGCUGGUCAAAUACUUAAUCCAGCCCUUCCUGACUAAAAACUCCUCAGACUCUGGCUGUGUGUCCAACUCUAACAGCAGUGUGGCCUGGCUGCAGAAGAACCUGGGGCGGUUUUCAGUCCUGGUGUCCCUCAGCGACCUGUUGAAACUCAACACAGACUUCUCUCCUUUGUCAGCCCUGGAGGUUCUCUCUCCAAAACAGACAGCAGAGCUGGUGGUGUUGCCUCUUCCUGGUCUUCCAGGGAAAGAUGUCAUCGUCAACACAGUGUUUGACUACCUGACUGAGUCACCAAAGGAGAGGAGACUCCCUGAGUUCCUGUACCACCUCGUCAGGCUCUCUGAAGAGAUGAUGCUACCAUGUGACAGCUUUAAGACCAUCUUUGAGCGUCUGUACCAGGCCUUACCGUCUGCACCUCCAGAGACGGAGCCAGUUAUUCAGGCCAUUAUAGACAACCUGAUGCAGACCGCUCCAGAAGAUUGCUUGCCGAUGAAUAUGAAGUGUCCAAUAACACCAGCGAACGAUACCAGAGUCUGUGAAGGCAAUGCCAGUGAUUCGCUACAAAGCUAUUUGGCGACAUCAAAUACAACGAACGUGCCCUGUACCUUUACCCUGGAGGAGUAUGCCUGUGCAUCGCUGAAAGACUUUACUGCAGAACACCUGGUGUCUCUUCUGAAAUGUAACCUGCCCGGCAACUCCUCUCACUCUAAAGAGACGUGGAAGGUUCUCCUCACCAAACUGACCUCUGUCUUAGACCAAGCUCUGGACAUGUUCUCCAAUAUGUCCAAACCUGUCAUUGGUCCAGCAGUAUCCCAGGCGCUCGAUGUGAUUGGAGAGAUCCGGGUCAACAAACUGACUGAGGAUCAGCUGAGAGACAGUGAUGUCAUCAGGAAGUGGUUCUCUGGCCGUCUGAGAGCGUUCCUGCCGUCUGCAUCAGGAGUGUUUCUGCACUGCCUCAGCACCAAGAACCUCAGCUGUGACUCGUAUCAACAGAUACUGAGGGAGUUCAGCAAUCAAUUCGACCAAAUGGACCAGAUGAGACAAGAGCUGGUGGUCAAAUACUUCAUCCAGCCCUUCCUGACCAAAAACUCCUCAGACUCUGGCUGUGUGUCCAACUCUAACAGCAGUGUGGCCUGGCUGCAGAAGAACCUGGGGCGGUUUUCAGUCCUGGUGUCCCUCAGCGACCUGUUGAAACUCAACACAGACUUCUCUCCUUUGUCAGCCCUGGAGGUUCUCUCUCCAAAACAGACAGCAGAGCUGGUGGUGUUGCCUCUUCCUGGUCUUCCAGGGAAAGAUGUCAUCAUCAACACAGUGUUUGACUUCCUGUCUAAGUCACCAAAGGAGAGGAGACUCCAUGAGUUCCUGUACCACCUUUCCAGGCUGUCUGUGGUGACUCCAGUCGGCUGCACGGUCUACCAGACCAUCUUUGUGAGGCUGUACCAAGCCAUGUCAGCGUUGCCUCAAGAGAUGGAGCCAAUCAUCUGGGCCAGUGUUUAUGACCUCACAGAAUCUGCACCAAUGGAUUGUUCUCUGGUACCAGUUAACCAACAGUGUCCAGUGUCAUCACACAAUGCAACAAGAGUCUGUGCCGGAGUUGACAGCUCGGCUCUACAACAGCUCUUGGACUCUGGGAUCUCGACGGGACGUCUAUGUGACUACAGCAUCAAACAAUACGCCUGCUCACAGUUGAAAGACCUCACAGCUGAGAACCUGGUCACACUGCUGAAAUGUAAACUAUCAGAGAACAACACAGACUCCAAAGAGACCUGGAAGCUGUUCUUUGCUAAAGCUUCUGCAGUUCUGGAUCAGGCUCUUGUACUUCUCUCCAACCAGUCCAAGCCUGUGAUUGGCCCAGCAGUAUCCCAGGCGCUGGAUGUGAUUGGAGAGAUCAGGGUCAACAGACUGACUGAGGAUCAGCUGAGAGACAGUGAUGUCAUCAGGAAGUUGUUCUCUGGGCGUCUGAGAGUGUUUCUGCCAUCUGCAUCAGGAGGGUUUCUGCACUGCCUCAGCACCAAGAACCUCAGCUGUGACUCUUACCAAGCUGUGGUGAAGGAGUUUGGAGCCCAGUUUGAUCACAUGAACCUAGAGCAGCAGCAGCUGGUUCUGAAGGAGCUGGUCGUCCCCUUCCUGUCUCGACCCACAUCAGACUCUGGCUGUGUGUCCAACUCUAACAGCAGUGUGGACUGGCUGCAGAAGAACCUGGGGCGGUUUUCAGUCCUGGUGUCCCUCAGCGACCUGUUGAAACUGAACACAGACUUCUCUCCUUUGUCAUCCCUGGAGGUUCUCUCUCCAAAGCAGACUGCAGAGCUGGUGGUGUUGCCACUUCCUGGUCUUUCAGGGAAAGCUGUCAUCAUUAACACAGUGUUUGACUACCUGACUGAGUCACCAAAGGAGAGGAGACUCCCUGAGUUCCUGCAACAACUUGUCAGCCUGACCAAACAGGAAAAUAUCCCUUGUGCCUCCUACAAGAUCAUUUUCGCCAGACUGGACCAGGCCGUACCCACUGUUACCAUGGAGAUAGAGUCCGCCCUCACCUCCAGCAAGACGGCUUUACUACAGACCGUCCCAUCAGGUUGCAUUGUAUACAGUGGAGAGUGCAAUGUCACCCCAGUUAAUGAGACAAAAGUUUGUGCUGGUGUCAACAGCACUGCUCUACAGGGUCGCCUUGACAACGGGCAGAUCAGCGCAGUCCUCUGUGAUUUCGGCGUCGAUGUUUACGCUUGUGGCUCGCUGUCUAUGUUGACAUCGGAAAACUUGGUGAGCCUGUUGAAGUGUAAGCUGUCUGGUAACACCAGCCACUCAGCACAGAUCUGGAAACUGUUCUUCUCUAAGGUCUCGGUGGUCCUGAACUCAGCCCUGGAUCUCUUCUCCAACACCACACUAGACCCCAGCUCUCCAGCAGUGUCCCAGGCCCUGGAUGCUAUAAGAGAGGUAAGGCUGGACAGCUUCAGCCUGGCUAGUCUCAGAGAUCAGAAAAUCAUCAACCUCUGGUUCAACACCAGACUGCGUCCCUUCCUACCUGCCGUCUCCACUGACUUCCUGUCCUGCCUCGGCACCAAGAACUUCAGCUGCUCCACCUACCAGACCACCGUUCAGAUCCUGAGCAGCCACCACUCAGCCAUGGACCAGUCCAGACAGAUAUCAGUCUAUACUACCUUCAUAGAGGUCUUUCUCUCCAGGAACAACACAGCAGACCCCAGCUGUAGCUCUGACACCCUAAACAGUGGAGACUGGCUGCUGAAGAACUUCAGAGGAUUCUCUGCCUUCGCCUCCUUCAAGGACAUGCAGAGACUACUGGCCACCUUCUCUGUGACGGAGGCCCUGCCCCAGCUCACAGUGAGACAGUUGGCAGAGGUGUCCUCUAGUCCAGACCAGCUCAGCUCUGCUGCAGACGUCACCAUGCUGAUGAACUACGUACCCAACAUCCUCUUCACUGACUUCUUCAAUGACUUCUCUCUAGCCAUCACCGGUCAAGAGUCUAAGUUCCCGGUGGCGGUGCGUUCAGCCAUGCUCCAGCAGGUGUUUGAACGCGGGAACCUAUCAGACCGCUCCGUUAGCGACCAGGAGGUACUCACCUGGCUUCAGAGCAGGCUCCGCCCACUGCUGAUCAACCUGUCCCCGCUCCACGUCGCCCCCCUCUUCAGUGUGGUCGCACAGAGGAACUGCAACAUUGGACAGCAGCUGGUGGAGGUGCUGAACGCCACCCUCCCUACACUUCAGGACAACACACAGAGAAACAUCUACGAUCAAAUCACCCUCUCCCUCCAAGGCUCUUCCCCACUCCGUUGCUAUGGCACAAACUACAACCACAGUUUCUAUGGUUACCUGGAGAGUUCCUUCCUGGGUUUCGGCUUCCCCAACCUGACCACCUUCCUCUCCCUCAUACCCCAUAGCCAGAUGGAACAGCUGGUGAACUCUCUGCCUGUCUCUGACCUGGGUCGUUUCCUGCGCCGCCCCAACGUUGUCGACGACGACACAAAACUCUGCCAGCUCUACAGCAACUACGCCAAGACCCCACUGUUCCUGGGGACUGAGAGUAUCCCUGAGUCAGUGAGGCGUCCCACACUGCCGUGUGUCUGGCCCCAGGCUCUCAGCAGCAGUCAGAGGUCAGAGGUCAACGCCUGGUUUGACAUGAGGCUGAAGAACUACCUGCCCUUCCUCACCAGGAGCCUGGUGACCUCCGCCGCUGUCCAGACCGCCCCUUGUCUGGCCUUCCAGAAACUCGUCUCAAUUCUGGGGAGUUAUAACUACAGCGCUGCCGACUUUGUGGAGAGAGAUGUGUACAGGGAGACCAUCAGGACGUAUCUCACCUCAGCGUCGGCUCCUAAGUGUUACAACGCCAGUGAUCCAGAGCUCAACUCAACGGCCUGGUUUGCUGAGAACAUCGGACUCUUCAUCACUUAUCUCACCUUGGAAGACCUCAACACCUUCGGAUCAGCGCAGGUGUUGCAGGUGUUCACAGUGAACCUGGUGAACAUAGGUCUACUGAACUCCACUAGCCUGCCCCAGAACCUCACUGACUACUACACAUCACUGGUCUACCUACAGGACAGCAACUUCAACCCUCUGUUUCUUCCUCUGUUGUUUCGAUGUGUGGCCCCAGGGCCAGCCUUCAGACAGCUGGAUGCUGAGCAGAGCAUGAUCCUUCUACACAACCUGACUACACUGUGUAGAGACCUGGACCCACAGGUGUCUGCAGCUCUAGCAGCUAACAUGGGAGACAACUUAAACAGCAACACCAUCGCUGCCCUCGGCAGAGAGAGUACAGGUCUGUCUGAGGGUCAGAUCACCAUGGCACCCGCCAGCGUUCUGUGGGCUUCCUUCAGCAUUCUGAGCACUGUGAUUGGCUGGAACCAGGGCCAGGCCAUGGCCAUCAUCCAAUCACUGAUGCUGUCAGGAGCCGUGAAGAUCAACAGCGCAUCCACCUUGACAGCGCUGGGUUCCCUGGUGACCGGUGUUCCCUCGGCAACCUUAGGCAGCAUCAGCGGCACGGAACUCCUCUACGCGUCCCAGGAUCCCACAUUCAUAACAUACAUGCAGACCGCCCCGACGAUCUUAAUCCAGACUUUCGUCACUCAGUUGAUCACAGUGAACCCUAACCCAGACAGUAUUCUCCAGAACGGUCCCAGACAGCAUGUCUACUGA